GACAUCGAGUUCUACUUGUUAGUAAACAUGUAGUUUGCCGGUUGGCCAUGUGAUUUGGAUGCUUAGGCUUUUCAGAUCAUGAUUUGAGAUAUUUUUUAAAAGUGUUAAGUAUGAAUUAUAUAUAAACAAAUUACUAGCAUCGGUUGAUAAUGUGAUCUUUGCUUAAAAAAAUGUAUGGUAUCGAUUUAAUCUAAUCUCAAUGUACGAAUGAUACAAAUGAUACACAGAAAUAAAAUCUUCAUCGAGAUUUAAUACAGCGGGUAAGAAUAAAAGACACGUCCAACGCUCAGUGCUUUCAGUACCAGUCUCGCUGGCAAAAUGAUGCUAUUUCUCAAUGUUUUGUGUACUGUGCUGAUCUGUGUAUCAGCGAAGGAGAAUUUGGUGUCGAAAAAGGAUACGGAUAACUUUGUAUCCUUAACAGAAACACCUAAAUAUGUCCCAACGUGGUCUAGUCUAGAUAAUCGACCGCUUCCAUCCUGGUAUGAUAAUGCAAAGAUUGGAAUUUUUAUUCACUGGGGUGUAUUCAGUGUACCUAGCUUUGGUUCUGAAUGGUUUUGGAACAAUUGGAAAGAAGAAGCUGGAAGCACAAAAUAUCAUGAUUUUAUGAAACAAAGAUACCCUCCAAAUUUUACCUAUCAAGACUUUGCACAUGAUUUUACUGCUGAAUUCUUCAAUGCAUCUGAGUGGGCAGAAAUAUUCAAAGCAUCAGGUGCAAAAUACAUUGUACUAACAAGCAAGCAUCAUGAAGGAUAUACAUUAUGGCCAUCAACAUAUUCAUUCAGUUGGAACUCUAUGGAUGUGGGACCAAACAAGGAUCUUGUUGGUGAACUGGCAAAAGCUAUUCGAAGUGAAACAGACAUAAGAUUUGGUUUGUAUCAUUCCAUGUAUGAAUGGUAUAAUCCUCUUUAUGUAACGGACAAAAGAAAUAAUUUUACAACAAAUAAAUUUGUAACUCAAAAAAUAUUACCAGAGUUACAGGAAUUAAUAGAAAUUUACAAACCAGAAGUAAUCUGGUCAGAUGGAGAUUGGGAAGCAUCAGAUUCUUAUUGGAAAUCAAAAGAAUUUUUAGCAUGGCUAUAUAAUGAAAGUCCAGUAAAAGACACAGUAGUAGUGAAUGAUAGAUGGGGCAGUAAUAUGCCAUGCCAUCACGGUGGUUUCUUUACAUGUACUGAUCGUUUUAAUCCUGGUGUACUUGUCCCACACAAAUGGGAAAAUUGUAUGACUAUUGAUAAAAAAUCUUGGGGAUUUCGCAGAAAUGCUGUUUUAUCAGAAUACUAUACAUUGGCAGGAUUAGUGAAAGAAUUAAUAAUUACUGUAAGUUGUAAUGGAAAUUUACUGAUGAAUGUUGGACCAACAAAAGAUGGCAUUAUUUCACCAAUAUUUGAAGAUAGAUUGCGUGGAAUGGGAGCAUGGUUGACGAUUAACGGAGAAGCCAUUUUCAGUACUAAACCUUGGACUGUGCAAAAUGAUACUUUGACAGGAAGCGUUUGGUAUACGCAAAGUAAAGAUGAAAAACGACUAUAUGCCUCAAUUCUAGAAUGGCCAGAUAAUAAUACGUUGUUCUUAGGUUCGAUUAAAAGUAUUUCACCAAAUAGUGAAAUACAUAUACUUGGCUAUUCGUCAAUUAUUCAUUGGAAAGAAUCUAUUGAUAAAUUAGAAGUACAUUUACCUGCUGAUGCACACAGAGGACAACCAGCUUGGGUAUUAAAAAUAGAGUAGAAGUGAUUAUAUUAUAUAAAAUAGCGUUUUAUAAAAAUAAUUUUUUAUUCAAUAUGUAGUUUAUUAAGAAUAUAU